CUUCAGCUCGUGACUUCCACAAACAUGAGCGCCAUUGCAAGCAAGAACUUGUACGACCUCCUGGGCAACGACCCGGAGCUCGACCCAGAUCGGGAGCCAGAGCCACCGACCAAGGUCAUUGACAAGCCAGUCCAGCGCACAGGAAAGCGCAAUGCUGGCGCCGACGGACCUGCUAGGGAUACUCCUAGGCCAGCCGCAGGUGGGCGAGGUGGCAGCCAUCAAACGUUUACAAGAGGCGACCAAGCGGGCUCUCUGAACAACCGCGCCGAGAACCGCGACGACGGCUUUCGACGUGACCGCCAUUCCGACCGCACAAGAGAACCACGUGAGCACCGCGGAGGCGAUCGUGGUGGACGUGGUAGAGGCCGUGGCCGAGGUGGACGAGGAGGCGCACCACGCGAUGACCGUCACAGCCACACUGGCAUUGGCGAGCACGAGAAGCAGGCAGCGCACGGCUGGGGCGGUAACGACGGCAAUGCUGAAUGGGCUGAUGAGACUGCGGGCGAGGCUAUUGCUCAAGCUGAAGCCAAGAACGAGUCGGGCUUUACCCCCGACACCGCUGGUCAAGACCCAGCAUUCUCCAACGGACCUGGAGAUGGCGAAGCUGUUGGCGAGGAGGCUGCUGCUGAACCUGAGGACAAGACCAAGAGCUACGAUGCGUACUUGGCUGAGCUGGCCGAGAAGCGUCUGGCUUUGGGUGACGAAGUGAGCAUUCGCAAGGCAAACGAGGGCUCCAAGCAGAAGUUCCCAACAGGCAAGGCUUACGCUCGUGAUCCUGAGGAGGAGAACUACUUCGCCGGUAGCGGAGGCAAGGCUAAGAAGACUAAGGAGCUUGGCGACAAGAAGGAGCGCCUUGCCUUGGACGGCCAGUAUUAUCAAGCACCAGACACCGGUGACCGUGGAGGCAGAGGCCGUGGUCGCGGUCGUGGAGGACGCGGCGAGUUCCGUGGCGGCGAGCGUGGUCGUGGAGGACGUGGCCGUGGCGGCAGCGACUUUAGAGGAGGCGCUCGUGGUGACCGCGGUGCUCCUCGUGGUGGAAUCGCCCUGAAGGAUGAGAGCGCGUUCCCAGCUCUCGGAGCAUAGAAUGCUCCCACACCAACUUUGACUGCCGCUUGAAGGCGCUAUCGACCGAAAGCAAUCGAUUCUGAUGUCGGAAAGCUGGAGGCCAUCGUCCAGCACGAUCGGUUGUACGAAAUACUGAAGCAAGGAGAGUUUUCUCCGUACCUGAACAAAAAUUGUUUAACUGUCAA